GGCGGGGAGAGAAGAGCUCUGCAGUUUGCAAGCCUUGCCAAUCCUAGGCCUCUUUGCCAAUCAGCCGGAGCUGGAGGUCUCACCCAGAGGCAGAACCAAAGGAUGAAGAUGAAGAGGGGGCACAGACUGGUCACCCCAGAAAUCCGACCCAUGUUGCUCCAUGUCCUGGGGGACCCAUGUUGCACCAUGUUCUGGGGGACCCUCUGGGGGAAGAGCCCAAUGAGGCAACCUUGGUGCCAGGACCCCUUCCAGGACUUCAUGUCCCCACUGACAUUCUGGGGAAAGAGCUCAAUGAGGAAACGUCAGUGCCAGGAUCCCUUCCAGAACCUCACGCCCCCACUGAUAUUCUGGAGCAAGAGCUCAAUGAGGAAAUGUUGGUGCCAAGAUCCCUUUCAGGACCUUGCAUCACCAAUGACGUUCUGGGGGAAGAGCCCAAUGAAGCAACCUUGGUGCCAGGACUCCUUCCAGGACUUCGUGUACCCACUGACAUUCUGGGGAAAGAGCUCAAUGAAGCAACCUCAGUGCCAGGAUCCCUUUCAGGACCUCGCAUUUCCACUGAUAUUCUGGAGGAAAUGCUCAAUGAGGAAACCUCAAUGCCAGGAUCUCUUCCAGGACCUUGCAUCCACACUGAUAUUCUGCAGGGAGAACUCAAUGAGGCAACUUCAGUGCCAGGAUCCCUUCCAGGACCUCACAUCACCAAUGACAUUCCGGGGAAAGAGGUCAAUGAGGAAACCUCAGUGCCAGGUCCUUCCAUCCCCACUGGCACUCCAAAGGAAGCAGCUUUUGUGUCAGAGCCCUUACCAGAGCCUUCCACUGCUGACAAUUAUCUUGAGCAAGAAGUAGAAAUCCUCACAGGAUUACAGCAUGACUAUGUCCAGUGGCAAAUGAGGGUUCGCCACAUUUCCCAGCAGUUCCCUCGUUCUCUCCGGGCCAUCAACCUGCAAAUUGGACACACGCGGACAAGGCUCAUCCGCAGUGAAGUUCGGCUGCAAUGGUGGGGAAAGGAAGGUGACCAAGCUCUGAUGCCUGUAAUUCAGACAGCUUCUCAUGAUGUUCCUGAAGGCCCUGCUGCAUGUCUCCGCCCCCCUGGGUCCAGUUCAUUAUUAUCUUCCGCCUCGCUGGAAGUUGGCUCCAUCCCACCCUCCACCUCCACCUCUUCUUUCCUCCUGCAUCCCUCUCCCCCUCCUCCUCCUUCCCCACCUCCUCUAGAGCCGGACCUCAGCAAUGUAAAAGAAACUCUGCAGAGUUUGAUGGAUCUGCAGUUCCAUCAGCUGAAUGACCAUAAGUUUCACAGAGGCAGCACCCCUUUUCCAUCCUCAUUGUUGUUUUACAAUCUAAAACACUUAUAGUCUAAAAAUAGAGAUGGGCAAGCAAUAGAGGAAGGAGAGGGAAGUUGAGGUGGGACAAGCGGGGGAACAAUGUGUAUGUAUUUCAGCUGCACCUCCUUAGGACCAGGGAGACCAGGGUUUGAAUUCUCAUCCAGCCAUGAACCUCGCUGGGUGACUUUGGGCCAGUCACUUGUUCCGCAGUCUAACUUAACCUUUAGGGUUGUUAGGAGGAAAAAAAUAACCAUGUAUACCUCCCUGAGCUGCUUGAGGAAGAGCAGAAUGUGAAUACUAAAUUCAUGAAUGCUAAUAAUAUGAAUGCUAACAUCAGCCCUUUUGAGUUCAAGCUGGGCUGAAACAAGAAACCAAGGAGGAUGACAUACAAUUGUGCUUAUCACAAUCCUCCUUAUAGCAUCGUCAAUGUACAUGGGCAAAAGUUCCCGGCCACCAGGAGCAUACAGUCUAAAGUUUGGCUUUGGAGAGAGAAGUGAGGAAGAGGAAGAAAGCAUAAGGGGCAUUCAGUUCACGCUGAUGGAGCUGCCUUUGCUGAGGCAUUAAGCCAAAAGCUGCACAGAGGAGGUGGGUUGCAUUGGAAGGAUAGGAGAGAGACGUGAGCCCACAUGAGUGGCGGUUCCAGACCCAAGGGUCAGCGAGGGAGAAGAAAAAGAGUAGUUUUAGAGAGCAGGAGACCUCCAGGUGGCUGAAGACAGAAGCUGGAGGAGCAAAAACCAACCUGACGGUGUGCAAGUUGGGAGAGGGGGGAAGAUCAGUGCAGAGGGAAAGGGUGGGGCAUAGCCAUGGUGGGUUUUCAAGGUAGAGAUGAGAAGUCUGUGCUGGGCAUGGAAAGGGACUAGAAGUCAGUGCAGGGACUGGUAUUGUGGAGGACAGGCCCCUUGACCCUGUUUGUUUUCUUUCCUUCAAGGCCAAAGAGACCUCUGCAGCUGCCAGGAAUGUUUGCAAAACCUCAAGGCACUGAGGGGACAGCUCCGGAGACUGCAUUGCAGACUGGCAAGGGUGGAAGCCACUAUGGGGAUCCUGGUUCCUCCAAGGGAGCUGGAUGUUGAUGAGUAAAAAGAGAAAGACAAAAACCAGACAGUGCUUCAUACAUAGGUAGCAAUAAAAUGCUGCAUAUUUAUUUUAAAAAUAUUAAACAUUUGUUUUAAUAGGAUAGGAUGUAGAGAUAAAACAGCAAUAUAACAUGCAUAUUUACUGCUUAAAAAUUAAAAAGUUGAGUUUAA